AUGCCGAUGUUGGUGUUUUGUUGGAAGCUGUUGUGUUGUAAUGGCUCUCAUUGCCCACUUAUCUCAACUGACACUCCCUCAUUCUCACAUUCUCUCUUUUAACUGCGCACAAUAAGCUAUGGACAGAGGCAAUAUUAUAUCCAUGACACCAUUCUAGCAGAUGCACAUACUUAGGCACGACGCCCAAAAUCUUGCAGGCCGAGACAUCAACAGCAUUUUCAUCGAUAACACUAUACAUAUAUAACCUAUACACUACUUACAAUGUCUCAACCACCAACGUUACUCACCCUUCCCCCGAGAUCCGCCAGAAGAUCCUCCAUUAUGCCAUCUACGUCCCCAGGCUCGUACCCGCCAUUCCAAAUGCCAUACUUGUGUCCAAGCCGCCCCCUGUCUCGAAGAGCCCAUUCGCGGAUAAGAUCCCAGACGACAAGCAUAAGAGGUUCUACGGCACCGAAAAAAUGAGCUCCAUCUUUGUUGUUUGCCGCCUCAUCCACGCUGAGCUCGAAGAAAUCCUCUUCACCCGCUUCAUCUUCUCAUUCCCGCAUUACAUGAGGCUGGCCACCGUACAAAAACUCACGAACACGAUUAGUCCCCGAGCAUGUACAUUGCUACGGGAGGUAAUGGCGAUCAUCCAUUUUGACGGUAGGGGGGAUGAAUAUCCAUUGCAGAAACAGGAAGCCUUGACAUAUUUAAAGAGAAAGCUGCCGGGGUUGAAGAAGGUGCAUUUGGCAGUUGGGUUUGUGGCAGCACCGCUCGAUGGUGUGUUGGUAAAGAGGAGACGAGAUGGGUUCGCGGAUAUGAUUAUGGAGUUUGUAAUCAGUUUCGCGUCGGGGAUUGAAGUUGUGGUUACUAAUAGUGAUUCUCAGCAGUGUGGAAAGGGUAUUAUGCAAGCUUUUGAUGAGAAAGUGGAAGAGCUGAUGGCGAGCUCAAAAAUGAAGGCAGCAGACUAUGACAUAAAAGUUGUGAGAGAGCGGAGACGCUUGAUUUGAGAAGAUAACGAUAACCUCUUCCCUUCCUGUUCCUCUCUCUGGACCAUCAGUAGGCAUUUAUAUAUCUUUUCUGUAAGGUUACUAGCCUUUAUUUCUUCUAUAGAUAGAUAACCUAAAUCAACUAUACAAAAAUUCCAAAGGUAACCUCAU